AUGGAAGGGGACAGCGCCGCCGACGCAGACGCCAACCAGCAGACGCUUCCGCGGGAGCCCGUGGUGGCCGGGGCAGAACCAUCGUCGUCGACAGAGCCGUCUCCGUAUGGCGGCGACGUGCCGGAGUUUUACCACCUCCAGAUGCACUCGCGUCGCUUAACGACGUUCCUGAUCCGCCGGGACGCCGCCGCCUCGUACACCCACGUGGUGGAGAGGAUCCAGCUGGACGGUGUCGUGACGUGGUACGUCGACGGCGAGCCCGUGGCGGGCGGUGGUGACUACAGGAACGGCGGCGUCCCCGCCUCGGGCGAGGCCAUCGCCGCUCUGCCGGAGACGACGGCGGGCGAGGGGGGAGAGUGCGCGGUGUGCCUGGAAGCUUACGAGGCCGGCGACACGCUGAGGACCAUGCCCUGCGCGCACGGCUUCCACGAGCGCUGCAUCUUCGAGUGGCUCCGGGUCAGCCGCCUCUGCCCGCUCUGCCGCUUCGCGCUGCAAGCUGAAGCCGGAACGGGUUGA